GAUGAGAAGCGCUGCUGCAGAACACACCUCAUCUCCUCUUUAGCUGGAGGGAUAGAGAGGAAAACGAUCCAGUCUGUGCCUAUUUUCUGCUUGCCUCAGAGAUAGACGAGCCAGGGAAGUUAUGUUUCAGGAAUCUUAAGUGAUAAAUAAAUGAAAGACUGAGAAAGAUAACACAAAAGCACAUCGGCAUGUGAAGAAUCUGCAAAUGCAAGAUUGGCAGUAAAUGGAGAAAGAAGAAGCAACAGAGAUGUAAUCAAUGCUUCUGAUGCGAGUCUCUCUAUUAUUGCUGCACAGCCCACACAAACCCUGUGCAAAGGAAAAUUUCAUACAAUGAGCUGGAACAUCCCAGGCUACAAUUCCUCUACCUGUGGUCAGGAUGUGAAACUGAUGUGACAACAAAAGAAGUCAUCAAGUCACAGCCACUGCAUGGUCCCUGUUCCUACCACUACAAUCAAACUCACACACAGUAACACAAUCAGUUUAGAAGAGGCCUCAGGAAUGAGAAGAUAUGCAUUUCAACUUGUUUGAUUUUUCUUUCUUAUUUCUUUUUAAGCUAAUGCCCGUCAUGAUGUCAUGUUAUGAGUAAUGACACUAAACCAUCUGUUAGAAUUUGCUCACACAUCUCUGGUCCAAAUGAUUACUUUUGUAUCGCCAUAAGAAAGUUUUCCUCACCUUGUCUGAAUCAGUUCCCGUUACACGUGAGGAUUAUGAGGCCGGCUUUAGUGCUUCUACAGUCACAUUGUCUUUUGUGUGUGUUUAGUGGUGUGUUUGUGUCCAUUGUUGUGGGCUCGCUACCUCCUGCACUGCCAUGGCAUGUCUCUUGCCCACUGAGGUGUGUGUGUCAGAUAAAGCCAUGGUUCUCCCCUGAUUCUGUCUACCAUGAAGCUCCCACUGUGGACUGUAAUGACUUGCUGUUGACCAAGCUCCCUUUGCCCAUACCCCCAAACACACACACCCUACGUCUGCAGAGCAACCUCCUGUCAGUUCUGGACACUGCGGUGCUACAUGGAAUCCCCAAUCUCACCGACUUAGACCUUUCCCAGAACCGCUUCAGUCAUGUCAGGGCAGUAACUCAUAGCUCCUCCAUGCCAUCGCUGUUGUCCCUACACCUGGAGGAAAAUCAUCUUAGUCACCUCCCCGAGGCUUCCUUCUCAUCACUGCCAGCUUUGCAAGAACUCUUUCUCAGCCACAACAACUUACAUUCAAUAGCACCUGGGGCUUUUGCUGGUCUGGACUCCCUUCUUCGUCUCCAUAUAAACAACAACAGGCUCACUACUGUAGACCCUCGGUGGUUCAGGACUUUGCCUCGUUUGGAAGUUCUCAUGCUUGGGGGCAACCCUGUGGAGGCUCUACCUGAGAGGGGCUUCGGGGCCCUAAAAUCCCUCCGGAGCCUUGUGCUUGGUGGUAUGGGUCUGAGAGGCUUGGCUGAGAAAGCUCUGGAAGGUCUAGAGGACCUGGAAAGCCUUUCCUUCUAUGACAACCUGCUGUCCAAAGUUCCAUCUCAAGCACUAAAGAGAGUGCCAGGACUGAAGUUCCUCGACCUCAACAAGAACCAUAUCAAACUGAUUGAGACAGGAGACUUCCAAGAUAUGCUCCACCUGAAGGAACUCGGUCUGAACAACAUGGAGGAGCUUGUGUCCAUUGAAAAAGCCGCCCUGGAGAACCUCCCUGAGCUCACCAAGCUUGAGAUCACCAACAACCCACGUCUGUCCUACAUUCAUCCUCAGGCUUUCGUCCAGCUUGGCAGGCUGGAGAGUCUAAUGCUCAACUCCAAUUCUCUGAGUGCUCUACACCAAAAUAUCAUCAUCUCCCUGCCAAGUCUUCAGGAGGUCAGCUUACAUUCCAACCCACUGAGAUGUGACUGCCUGUUUCACUGGGCUGCCAAGGACACCUCUCAUCUUCGCUUGGAAAGGGACAUGAAAAUAAAAACACAAAUACCCCGAGUGGUGCGUUUUAUCCAACCCCAGGCAACCUUGUGCUCUGAACCACCAGAACUGAGAGCACGCAGAGUGAGAGAGGUAUCCUCAGGAGACAUGUCCUCCUCCUGUCUGCCUAAUAUUCCUGCCAGCUCCCUUCCUUCCUAUGUAGGGGUUCAGGAAGGAAGCAAACUGGUUUUGCACUGCCGAGCACUUGCAGAUCCACAGCCUGAAAUGUACUGGGUGACCCCUUCUGGCUUGAGACUUGGAGCUUCACAAAGCCAAUCAUCCAAAAGUUUCUCAGCUCCUGAUCUCUGCAAGAAUGCAACCAUGGCUGAUAGAUUAAACAGUCCAUCUGCCUCUAGUGUCCAGUACCCUCAGGCUCAAGAUGAUACUUCCUGCCAGCCCUCCAAAGACUACCAGCUACUGCCUGAGGGAACUCUGGAGAUCAGGAAAAUCACCCCUAAAGAUGCAGGACUGUAUACCUGUGUGGCUGAGAAUGCACUGGGAGCAGAUACACGAAGCAUUACUGUGGGAGUGCACAAUAGAGGAAAAAAUAGAAAGAGGGCGGUGGCAACUAAACCGAAGAAAUUUGAAGCAAUUAGAUUAGAUGCCAGGUUAGGGUUAAGAGAGGUUGGAGAACACUAUGCUAUUUUGUCCUGGCAGAGCAGACACAACCUCCCCUCGACUCGGCUAUCCUGGCAGGCCAUACACCCAAACGCCUACAUGCCAACAUACACCACACGCAUCCUUGCUGGCACACAGAGCUUCAACUUGACUCACCUGCAAGCAGAGACAUUUUACAGAGUGUGUCUGCACUUAGGGAUUAGCGAGAGCAGCAAACACGUAAGCCGGAGAUCAAGGGAAAGGCCUCAGUGUGUUACGUUUAGGACAAAGGAAGCCACAGAGCUUCUGCUUGGCUUGCAGCUCAACCCACAGCUGACCUCCACAGCUGUCACACUACUGCUCCUCGCACUUAUACUGCUGAUGGCAGGCCAGGGUUGGGACACUGAGCCCAGCGAGGUGGGAGAAAAGCUCCACAAUACCCAUCAUCAAGACAUGAAGGGUCCUCACACACUGAUCAUCAAUCAAAACACAAAAGAAAAUGAGGAACAUCAGCCAAAUCAGAGUGAGAAACUGCUACUAAAUCAUAUCUACUGAAACAAUUGUUCAUAUUUAAAUGCAGACAAGAUGUGAUGAGACACAAACAUGCACACAUUCAACAUGACAAACAUACACUUUGCUACUCAAAACAACAUGAUAGGAAUCGGAGAUGACAGUGCAGAGAUUUGUAUUUAUUUUCUAUACAGCAUAAAGUAUAUAUUGACAUUGUUUCUGUGUUAAGAUGUGUUGUAAAAAAAUGCCUAUUCACUAACCAGGGAAAUAAAACUGGACAAUCAUACUCCUGUUGCACAGGAGAAACAAAUGAGCCUGAGCUGCCUACAACCACGGGACUGAAACUAAAGGGAACUUGAUGCAAUCUAGGAAAAGAUAUUUACAGAAGAGAGCAGCUCAGACCUCCAGGGUUUUUUUUCCCCUGUUUUCUGUCUACAUGUUUCUACAGACUGAAGCAUACUUCCUUCAAGCUGAUGAAAAUCUGCCUUAUGACUGAUGCUGAAUGAACUUCCUGCUUGUUUGGACUAUAUGGGUUAAAAUGAUUGAUGUAAACAGCCCUCUUGCUUCGCUCUCAUCAUCUUGGACAGAGUUGUCCAUCUUGCAGUACAUAUAUGGUAUACUCAUUCAAAUUACCAGUCUGUUAAAAUAAAAAUAAUCUAAAAGUGAA